AUGAUACUUGGAUCUCCAUGGAUGAAUCGCAAAUUCUUGGACCACUGGGGUCAUCAAAUACAAGAAUUUUCCAGAUUCGGUGGCCUAGCUAGCUUGAAUCUCGGAAUUGGAACAAGUUCGCAACGAACAAAAGCCAAAAUCUUCGGAAAAUCCGAAAUCAACGAUCUGGAAACUGGAAGUCAAACCAGUAUUAGCAAAAAGCAGCUGAAAAUGGAGGACAUAGUCGUGUUAUGGAUCACAAAAACCAAAACAACAUUUUUUGGAUAUUGA